AUGGCGUUGAAUAACACAUUGGUGUUCAUAGCUCCAGGUAGCACGCUAUUGCUCACCUGGCUGGAGCGGCGGGUAUCGUCGCGAAGAAAAUUUGCUGGACUCCCGCGGCUUGGGAUUGACCCAGGUUUCUUGGGCCUUCGGACACAAGCCGCCAAAAAUGAGUUCUUCGCCAAAGGACAACAAUUACUAGAAGAUGGCUACACAAAGCAUAAAGACACACCAUAUGUGAUCCAUACAUGCGAAAAUGAGCGGCUCGUCAUCCCCAACAGGUUUAUCGAGGAGCUGAAAAAUCUACCAGACACCCAACUCAGCUUCAAAGAGGAGCUUCUAGACAGAUUCAUGGGCAGAUAUACCAAGCUGGAUGCUGUCCGCGGAACGAACAUCCAUCGUAACAUUGUUCAAUUUCAUUUGACGAAAAGUCUAGUGAAUAUUUUACCCCAAAUGAAAGAAGAAGCAGAUCUAGCCUUGAGCGGUGCCCUUGGUAGCUGUGACUCGAAAGAGUUUACUCUCGUCAAGGCAUCUCCCGUUAUUUUCGCCGCCAUCGGCCAAAUCACCUCUCGCCGAGUGAUCGACGAUCCGCUUAUUUCACGCGAUCCAAUUUGGCUCCAGACCAUCAUGGGCUUUUCUGCUUCUGUAGCCGUCUUCUGUAUGGCCAUGAGGACUGUUUCUCCCACUUUGCGUCCCAUUGCUCAAUACGCGCUGCCGUGUGGUCGAAAGUUGCGUUCUGACAUUACACAAGUAAUGAAGCUCUUGGCCCCAGUCAUUCGGAUGCGACAACAACAGGGCAUGGGUGAUGAAUCUGCAAUGCUCAACGAUCAACCACAGGACUUUGUUCAAUGGCUCUCCGGACCCGCUAAGGGACACGAUGCCGAGCCAGAGAUGAUCGUCAUGAAGAUCCUCUUUCUGAUUGUUGCCGCGAUGCACACGAGUGCUAUCACAGCUAUACAUGCACUCCAUGAUCUUUGUGCCUACCCUGAGUGGAUUGAAGAGUUACGCGAAGAAGCAUUGAGGGAAAUCAGCACUGACGGCUGGAGCAACAACUCAUUGUUGAGGCUGCGCAAGAUGGAGAGCUUCCUCAAAGAGAGUGGCCGCACGAACUCUGCCGGAAUCGUCUCCUUUCAACGUUUGGUGAUAUCCCCAACCACCCUUUCAAACGGCUUUACCAUCCCAGCGGGCACGCACAUCUGUGCAGCCUCUGAUGCCCGCUCCCGUGAUCCCGCAUUAUAUGAUUCGCCUUUAGAGUUUCGGCCCAUGCGUUUUUAUUCUUCUAGCAGAAAUUCGGAACCUAGUGAUGUGUACGCCGCUAAUCUUUUCAGCUCGGUAAUGGCAGGUGACUCCUGGUUUGGGUCUGGUCGGCAGGCGUGCCCAGGGCGAUGGUACGCUAGUGCGCAGAUCAAGCUGGUGCUUUGCCUGUUGUUGAUCAAGUAUGAGUUCAAAUUCCCGAACGGGCAGACUGGACGGCCCAAGAACUGGGUCAAGGAUGAGAAGACCGGGCCUAACAUGGAGCAGAUGAUCUUGAUCAGGGCUAGGAAUAGCUAAACCGACAAUUGGACGGGGCAGAUUAGUACAUCCUAACUACCUAAAUACCUAUAUAAGUUUUUAUGGAAGAUAUUGUAUCCAGGCGAUCAAUCACAUCGCCAGGGUGCGCCUCUA